UUGCAGGGGCGUAUAUACGUUUGUAAAAGAUGUAAGAGAGAACUGAAUAGUGCGUACGGCAAUAUAGAGAAACUGUCUACUCAUAUAUGCAUUGGGAAGUGAUUCAAAAAACAUUAAUUCCAGACAAUGAUGCCUGAAUCGAGCAGACGAUAUGGAUCCAUUCACAUUCCAGCUCGAAAUUCUCGUCAUCCAUUGCUGUGCGCUGAAUGCCAUAAACGAUUUCAAACAAUACAAGAAUUAUAUUUACAUUUGGAAGUAUGCAUCAUUGAAUCAUUUGAAAAUGAAGCUGUCAAUGUAUUUUCAAGCAUGCCAUCAUUAACAGAAUCAACUACUGUUUUUUCCCUUACGACACAUGCUGGAAUUACGGCUAAGGGCGAUGAUCCUCCAAUCUUGAUACCGGAAACGAAUAAUUCAGCGAGCACUUCAAAAACAAAUCUUCCACUGUCAGCAAAUUGUAAAGCAGAAUGUUCACCGGUUAAAAAAGCAGAAGUAGCAGCAAUGACGGGAACGUCAAAAACAACACCUAUUUCAUUCAGUUCCACAUCAGGAUCGAAACAACAGUAUUGGUCAUCUUCCGAAAGGCCCCACAAAAUACCUUUUGAGCUGGAAAAUGCGCGAAUAUUAGAAAGUCCUGGCGGACUGAAGAUUUAUGUGUCGAUUGAAAAGCAAAGUGGGCAAGAAAGCGAUGAUGUCAUUAAUGGCAAUGAUAGCUAUAAUACACACGGUUCUAAUGCAACCAAUUGCAAAAGGAAAGUAAUUGGGGCACCAGCAAGUGCUAAUGAUGAUGAUAUUUAUCGGCCGAAAAUGGAAUGUCCAACAUGUGGUCUGGUACUUUAUAAGCAUAAUUUUGGUACCCAUUAUCGGAUACAUACUGGUGAAUUGCCUUUUGUUUGUACAUAUUGUCAAAAACGAUUCCGAACAACAUCUGCGUUAAAAGUUCACGUCAGAGCGCAUACCGGUGAAAAGCCUUAUUCAUGUCCAAAAUGUUCCUACUGCUGUAUCACUAAACGUAACCUUGAUCGUCAUAUUAUUAACAAUCAUGUUAGAGAAGGAGAAAGACGAGGACCACGAGAACGAAGAUCACGAUAUAGGAGGGAUGAGUACAGCGUUAUCAUUGAUGAUAUUGAAAUGAGUACUGCUGAGGAGAGUGAAAAAAUAGACCAUCAUUAUGUUAUCUCUCCGGCAGAGAUAGAAAGUAAGGUUGUGGUGGAAGGAAAGGCAAAUGAUGAAAUGGAAGGCAGUGAUGAUAAUAGGCAAUCAGUUGAUAUACCCAUUCUUCCUUUGCUUACUUUAUAGAUAUAUAAUCCCUGAAAUUGCUCAGUCAGAAGUUGAUAUGCUCAGUUUACACAUGCUUGUAUGUUUGCUUACACCAAUAAAG